UGUCACCUGACCACGCCCCCCUUUCCAGGCCUUUCCUCCUCCACGUGCACCUCAUUUCCUGAUUAACACCUGUCCCUAUUUAACCUGCGUCUGUUCACUUCUUCCCCGCUCGUUCGUUGAUUCACUCACUUACCAGCCUCUUGUGUCAUUCCUGUUUUGCCUAGCCUUGUUUUUGGACUCUGUUUUGUGUUCUGGAUCCUGUUUUUUGCCUCUGCUCUGACGUACCUGUUUGCUCCUGUUUUGACCUUGCUUGUUCUUUGGACCACGUCUUCAGCUUAAUCCUUGUCAAUUACUUUUGCUCCGUGGACUGCCUUGCUGUUAACGAUCCCUAGCCUGAAUAAACCACCCUUUAAGUAUAUUUCCUUUUGUCGAGCCUGCAUUUGUGUCCUGCCCUCGUCCAGUCCUGACUGAACGAACGAGCCAGACAUGGACGCAGCGGGCUCGAAUCCGGUCGCCAGGAAUCAAGACGCUGAUACAAUCAAGAGGAUUUUUGAUGACCUUCAAUUUUUUUUUUUUAUUUGUUUUCGUGACUGUUUCUCUCCAAAAGAGAAAUUUGAUUUAUCUUGAGCAGGCAUGGGAAAUCGUGGAAGCCAAUGAAUGGCUUUAUGAACGCUUCCCUGAUCUGCAAGACCUGGACACGAUUUUUUCUGGCACUACACUUCCUGACUGGAUAAAACAUCCAGAGGCCCACCCGUGUUCACAGCCCCUGCCUGUCGAUGACGACGCUGAAUGGAGCGAUUGUGAUGACGAUGACGAAGACAAUUCGUCGGAGUCAGAGCAGUUUGUAGUUCAGGACUCGGUAAACAUAUUGUUCAAGGUACAGGACCUGUUUUUUGAAUACCAUGACAAUCUGAGUCCACAGAACCGACGUCGCGUUCUGUCGGACCUUGAUCAGCUGUUACAAGCCGAGCCUGACGUGGUUCGCUCUUUUCCUGACCUUGAGAACAUAAAGGCUCAGUUUAAGCAGGGCCUUCUUCCGCCAUGUAUCGAAGAUCCAAUUGAGUUCAUGUUUGAAUCAGACAUCACCGCAGCCUGUUCGACCGCACCACGGCACAUAACAAUAUCAGACGCAGCCUUGGGGCAACUGUUUGUUGUGAUUUGGCGCUAUAUAAAAAAAUUGAUUGAUUGAUUGAUUGGUGUGCAUCAGGAAAAGAACCGGCUGCACCUGCAAAACCAAAGACACUGCGACCACGACCACGCUCAACACCCAUGCAAGCCCCUACACGAGCACCACCUAAGUCCGCACCACGAGCGACACACGUGGCUUCCACACGCUCGCUUCGGACCGAAGCGGAGCCGGCCUCCUCAUGCCCGACUUCCCAAUGUCUCCGGGCCACGACAACGGCUGUUCUCAGCCUUCCUCCUGUUCCAGCUCCUCGACAGCCCUGCGCGCCUGUGCCACCGAAGACCGUGCGCUUCGCACCUGCAGCUGCUCCAGUCUCCAUGCCAGCGACACCAGCGACGCUUCCAGCCGGCCCGGUCUCCAUGCUCACUGCACCAGCGACUGGAGCGAUCUCCGCACCUGCGGCACCUCCCGCCGAACCAGUCUCUGUGCGCGUCACUCCAGCGGUUGCUCCAGCCUCCACGCCAGCUGCACCAGCGGCUACUCCAGUCUCCAUGCCAGCGGCACCAGCGACGCUUCCAGCCGGCCCGGUCUCCAUGCGCACUGCACCAGCGACUGGAGCAAUCUCCGCACCUGCGGCACCUCCCGCCGAACCACUCUCUGUGCGCAUCACUCCAGCGGUUGCUCCAGGCUCCACGCCAGCUGCACCAGCGGCUGCUCCGGUCUCCACGCCAGCGGCACCUGCGACGCUUCCAGCCAGCCCGGUCUCCAUGCGCAAUGCGCCAGCGACUGGAGCAAUCUCCGCACCUGCGGCACCAGCGACUGCUCCAGACUCCACGCCCACGGCUGCAUUGGACUUUGCGCGCACCGCGCCAGCACCUGUUCCAGCGCACGCCGCACCACAACCAGUCUCAAGACCAGACGGUGCGUCGUUCGCACGCAUGCUGUCGGGACCUUCCCCUCCUGCGCCUCCUCAUCCUGCUCCAGCUGCACUGCCGGCACAGAAGAUGACGAUCGAGGACGCAAACCUGGAGAGGGUUAGUGACAUUUUGCUUGAACUGUAUUUGUUGCGGGUCUAUUUUGUACUCACGUUGUUUUCCUCUGUGCUUUGUUGGUUCAAAGCCCCACGCCUACUCCUGGGGUGGACCAUGUCUGACCUUAACUCUCAGUUCCAGAGCGUCAUGACCUGGCUGUUGGGUAAAAUUAUUUUGUUCUUAGGGGUCUCCCCAGGGGGCAGUUGUGGGUUCAUGAAAACAUUUUCCAUCUCACGCCUGUUAAACUUCUCUCUCACGUCUCCAAGUACUUCUGGCCAUGCCAAUAAUCCACAGUCUUUGAUGUACCUUCUCGUGCAGGACAUUCGGCACCCUGAGCUAAUGCAGGAUUUUCUGGUUGGUACUUGUGUUGGUCUGGUUUUGUUUGUUUUCCGUCUGCACUUUUGAUCGUUUAUGGGGAUUUUUUGCUUUUUUGGGGUUUUGUUCAAGAACUUUUAUUUUCUGUAUGAGGGCUCUUUUCUGUCUUGUUUUUGUCAUUGUUGUAAGGUAGUGUAUAUGCACCUAAGUGUCUUGUGUUACCGUACCUGGAAUGUGAACGCCCAAUGUUUUGCGUGUGGCUUAGUUCUGCUCCCUUUUGCCCAGUGGCUUCUACGCUCGGUGGGACUCCUCCUGAGGAGGUUGUUUUCUGUACACCACUGUUUUGGAGCAAUUCGUCCUAAACCUGGCCCCGAUUGUUCUUUGGGAACCACGCUAGGGGCCGGUUUGUCCCAAGGCCGUGUUCCUGCUGUCUCCACGCCCGUUUCUCCACGGGUCCACUCCCCUGACCUCGUGGUAACUCACGACCCGGGUGUGGAUCGCGUGCCCAGGCCCUUUGUUAAGCCGUAUUGUCGCCCGCCUGGGGGCCUCUUUCCUGCCCUGGCUAUGCCCAGUUUUGGGUCCCUCGACCACCUGCCCUGGUACUGUUAUUCCUCAUGUCCUCUGCCUGUUUUGCUGGGGUCUGUUGUCAGACAUCCCUGGGGUUUUGUGUUUUUUCGGCCCUCUUGUGGCUCGCCUCUCUCGUUCUGCCCUCCGUCCUGUUCCCCUUGCUGCCCUCCCGGUGUCGGGUUCCUGGGCGGGUGCCCGGGGGCGCCCGCUUGGGGGAGGGGUACUGUCAUGUCCUGGCCGUUUCCAGGCUUCAGCCCAUAUGUCCCUUCUUUAUUUAGUUCUGUUCCUUUGGCAUCAGCCUCGUUUUGUUAAUUACCUUUUUCUUCAUGUGGGGUUUUGUUCCAUGUUCUGAUUUUUGCU